AUGAGAAUCCCAGGUGUAGGAGAUGACUUCAAAGUUCAGAAAUUCUGUGACACUGACCAAGGUUGUGGGACUUUUCCACAUGCAUACUCAAAUUUGCAUGAUACCAAAGAAGAUAACAAUAAACAGCUUAUUGACCUCAAUGUUAUUCCAGAAUUAGAUCAAGUUUACUUCGAAUUUCAUAAUCACAUAAUCCCUGACCAAUCAUCUGGACCGUCAAUUUCCUUGAGAUCUUUUGAUAAACAACUCACACCAAUGACAUCACAAAGUUCUGGUGAAAGAAUGGGGUCAUUGGUUGAAUUGGACCACAUAACUGAAAGUCCUCCUGUCCCUCAAGAUCCCAGUAGUGAAGGAAUAACACCUGAAACGAUGGCACCCUUGUUUCAAUAUGAUGAUGGUGAUAGAAAAAGACGCAAGUACACUAAUUAUUUGCCUUUGGGAGAUGUCAAGGGGAAAAAACCAAUCACAGAACCACUGGAUGAAAUUGCUCCUGGACUUCAAAAUGAAUCAUUCAAUUCACAAAUUCCUGAAUCUCAAUAUGUUGUACCACAUCUCUUGAUAGGUUUUCUCCAAUGGCAAUACAGCUUAGCCAUCUGGAAAAAGGAUGGUCUUUCUGAAGAGAUCAAGGAUGCUUUUGACUCCUUGAAACACUUAGCUAGCCUGGACAUCCCAGAUUCUGUCAAUGAAAAGGCAAUUUCAAGCAAAAUAAAUCUAGCUAUCAACAAAAUCAAAACUGAUUUAGUCACAGGAGUCAUUGGAGCUUUAAACAUGAUCUCUUGGCAAGGAGAAAAAGUUUCAACACCUAUCAAUGUGUUGAUCCAAGAUGCAUGGGAAUUUCUACACAAGUUCUUGAAGGAAGACAUCACUUCUUUCAAAGAGCAAUACCUCUGUCCUUCUACUAGGGGAAUGAAAAAAUGCCGCCGCCUCCCUUUUGGAUCUGAGAAUCUGCUGAGCUACACGAUGUCUCUCAAAGAUGAUAACAAGAUACCUCCACAGACCACCCAUAGGAUGUUACAAAUAUGGGCCAGUUCAUCCAUCUACAGGGAUUCUAUCCCUGAAUCUUCUUUGAACUACUUGUCAUUCAUUCAUAGUUCAAAGAAUGACCAAUCCUUAACAGCUCUUCCUCAAGGAAAAGUUAUGCUUAGUCAAUCUCUUGUUCAAAAAGCAUUCAAGAGAGCAAAGGAGGACAUCACACCAGCAUUCAUGGGUAUUUUAUGGUUAAUGCAUCCAGGGCUUGAAGUGUACAAAAACUGGGAUGAAAUUUAUGAGAGUGGAUGGAAAUUCUUGGAAGCGUAUUUCUCUAGAUGGACAAGCUAUUUAGCAAAAAGCAAUGAUCCUAUCACCCUAACCCCAAUUGAAGGGAAAACAAUUGCAGAAGAUUGCUCUGACUUCAAAGGAAUAAUGCAGUACCUAGGAAAUUUAGGUAGCACACGCUACAUACCUAUGACACUGAUUUGGCAUCUUGCAGAUUUGUGGUAUGAAGAGAAAAUCAUUCUCAAGAAAAGUGAAAUUAUUUAUUCAAGGUUUGAUAAAUUGAAACCAGACCGUACUGCAAUCAAAAUGAAAUGUUUGAAGUUAUCUGAAGGCUCUUUCAAUGCAAAGGGGCCAAGGAAAUCAUCAGAAAUGUGA